UAGCGCCGAAUACUCAGUUUUGCUACAACUUCCAUACACAUUUUUUGAAAUGCUGUUUUACUCAUUUUUUAAGUCCCUUGUAGGAAAAGACGUUGUAGUAGAGCUAAAAAAUGACUUGAGCAUAUGCGGAACAUUACAUUCUGUGGAUCAGUACUUGAAUAUUAAACUUACCGAUAUUAAUGUUACGGACCCUGACAAAUAUCCGCACAUGUUAUCUGUGAAAAAUUGUUUCAUUAGAGGCUCUGUUGUUCGAUAUGUCCAAUUGCCAGGUGACGAGGUAGACACACAACUUCUGCAGGAUGCAGCACGGAAAGAAGCCGUAGUUAGUACAAGAUAAAAGUAGUACAUAGAAUUUUUAUGCAUUUCAAAAAUCAGUUCAAAAAUAAUUAAAACUUAAAUAUUUCAUA